UUUUUUUUUUUGGGGGGGGGGGGGGUGGGGGCAGUUGUUAUUCCUGUUACUCUUGGUUAUAGUGGCAACCAUGUGGUUGUCUGCAUCUGUUCCGAUUUGCUUCGAGCGUUAUUUUGGCUACCUUGCCACAGGCGGUUUGGUUUUGUUACCACCCCUAGGUGUUGAAGUGAUUUUUGGGUGUGGCUUGUGAUCAUUAUUAUUUCAUCUCUGUUGUCAGUAAUUUAUUAGGUGUCCAUAUUUUUACUAGUGUUGAUCCAAUAUGUAGAUAGACCCGUAGUGGGCGGAACACAUGGAUUUAUGACAGAAUUGGAUGGUGUGUAAAAUAAAUCACUUGUCUCUUUUAGGUGAAAUCGAGGUGUUGCCCCUCAGCGCGUGAUUGGCUGGAUUGGGGCCAGGAAAGCUCUUCCACGCAAAUUUUGGAACAACCUUAUGAGAACAUGGUUGGACUGAGAGAACGACGGUCAAAGACACUCAACCUCACCACCUCCGUCUAUCCUCGCUACGAUACCCCAUCAGUCCUUUGCUGCGGAAGAGGGAAAUAUACGACGGGAAUACCUUCUGUCUUGUUAAUUAACUCUGUUCACCCGGUUGUUUCUCCGUGCGUUAGACCCCUCCCACAAUCAUGGCCUUCGCCGGCCAGACUCCUACGAUCAUUGUCCUGAAAGAAGGCACGGAUACAUCCCAAGGAAAGGGUCAAAUAAUAUCCAACAUCAACGCGUGUCUGGCAAUCCAGUCGACGGUUAAGGGAACCCUCGGUCCUUAUGGUGGAGAUCUAUUAAUGGUCGAUGCCAACGGGCAGCAGACCAUUACCAAUGAUGGAGCGACGGUUAUGAAGCUCCUCGACAUCGUCCAUCCAGCCGCCCGCAUCCUCACAGACAUUGCCAGAUCCCAGGACGCGGAAGUUGGCGAUGGCACGACCUCCGUUGUUGUGUUAGCCGGAGAGAUACUGAAGGAGGUCCGCGACGCUGUUGAGCAAGGAGUCAGCUCACAGAUCAUCAUCAAAGGCCUACGGAGGGCGAGUGCACUGGCUGUUAACCACAUCAAGGAGAUUGCUGUCGAUCUGCGUAGCACGCAUGGAAACCUUGAAACGAAGGUAGAAACGCUGCGACGGUUGGCGGGGACGGCGAUGAAUAGCAAGUUAAUUAAGAGGAAUUCGGAAUUUUUUACGAAGAUGGUGGUCGAUGCGGUCUUAUCUCUGGACCAGGACGAUUUGAACGAGAAACUUAUUGGUGUCAAGAAGGUUACCGGCGGGGCCCUUCAGGAAUCCCUAUUCAUCAACGGCGUUGCCUUCAAGAAAACAUUCUCAUAUGCUGGCUUCGAACAACAACCGAAAUUCUUUACGAACCCUAAGAUCGUGUGCUUGAAUGUUGAGCUAGAGCUGAAGAGCGAGAAGGACAAUGCAGAGGUGCGCGUGGAGCAGGUAUCGGAGUAUCAAGCCAUCGUCGAUGCGGAAUGGCAAAUCAUCUUCAAUAAAAUGGAGGCCGUCUACAAGACCGGUGCGAAGGUCGUGUUGAGCAAGCUGCCCAUCGGUGACCUAGCAACACAAUACUUUGCCGACCGCGACAUCUUUUGCGCCGGCCGCGUCGCCGCUGACGACAUGGAGCGCGUCUGCCAGGCCACCGGCGCCUCCACCCAAUCCACAUGCACAGACAUCCAAGACCGCCACCUAGGAACCUGCGGCUCUUUCGAAGAGCGCCAAAUCGGCAGCGAGCGCUUCAACAUCUUCUCCGACUGCCCCGCCGCCAAAACCUGCACCCUGGUUCUCCGCGGCGGCGCCGAACAGUUCAUCGCAGAAGCCGAACGCAGUCUCCACGACGCCAUCAUGAUCGUCAAGCGCGCGCUUAGAAACACGAGCAUCGUCGCCGGCGGUGGUGCGACAGAGAUGGAUCUCUCCGGCUACCUGCACAGCUUCGCGGAUCGGAACGUGCCCCAUAAGCAGCAGGCGGUCGUCAAGGCCUUUGCGAAGGCGCUGGAGGUCAUCCCCCGCCAGCUGUGUGAUAAUGCGGGCUUUGAUGCGACGGAUAUUCUUAACCGGCUGCGUGUGGAGCAUCGGAAGGGGAAUGUGUGGGCUGGUGUUGACUUUGAUAACGAAGGGGUUAGGGAUAAUAUGGAAGCGUUUGUGUGGGAGCCUAGUCUUGUCAAGGUUAAUGCUAUCCAAGCGGCUGUUGAGGCGGCAUGUUUGAUAUUGAGUGUGGAUGAGACUAUCAAAAACGAAGAGUCCAAGGCGCCACAAGCGCCCCAACGGGGUCUACCACAAGAUGCUACGCAGAGAGUUCUGCGCGGGAGAGGAAGGGGAAUGCCCAGAAGAUAGAUAAAAUGGAGUGGCUGUUAUUGUUUGAGUCAAUGUACUCCGUACUCCGUAUGCCGCUUCUAAUUAGCGUACUCUAAAUUUAAGUCGACCGGCAGUACCAUUGUUACUCAAGCAUAGAAGGAAAAAAAAUAUUGCAUUUUUGUCUUCUAUCCAGGCUAUUUUUGUUCAUUCAAUUGUAAUGUUUUCUUACCUCUUUAAAUAUGUAAAUUGUAGGAAAGUGAACUAACUCCUGUUGCUGGUUCCUAUGACGAUCAUGAAGAGGGAGUGGGUGUAUGCAGGCGUCGUGGAUCGAUUUAUAGAAAAGGAAACCAAAGUCAGGAACGUGAUGAAUUUGAUUUUUUUUACAAUAAUACAUUCAGUGUCCAUCACGGCCUGCAGUCGGUUUCUUAUUUCUGGAUAUAUAACUUACCCCCGAGCAUCACCAAAAAAGAAUGUUGAGAGCGGCCUCCGCCUCUUGAAAUACCAACAAAUUCACUAGCCAACCAGGCUGCUAAAACAGCUUGCGACGCCCGAGAUCUUCAGACGGCAAAAAAUAAAAAAGCAAACAAAAGAAAUGAGGAUUUGAACCGUUUUGAUUCUUAAACGAGACGCAAAAACAAAACAUAGAAUAAUAAAUGCAUAGUUAUGUUUCCACCGCCACACCCUCACUCAACUCAACCUCCUUUAAACUAUAGGACCAGAGGCAAAACGCCAAGCGCGGGAUCGCGUACCUCCGAUCCAUCGUCCUUUCGUUUUUUUCUGUCCUUCAAGCCGUAGCUGUGGCUGCUCGCAUUUGUCCAGAAAAGCUAGAUUUUUUCUUUUUUUCUUUUUUUUUUUUUUUGUUUGGCUUGACGUGGAAACAUAUGAAAGAAUAUGGGUUUUCUGGUUUGGCAGGCUCAGCUGUUUUUUUGGAGGAUAUCCGAUGGGGAUGAAAAGGUCUUCUACAAGCUGCUCCGUAAGUUGUACAUGUAUGUACAAUGACAGGCGAACAGGCGAACAGGCGAACAGGCGAACAGGCGAACAUGCGAACAUGCGAGGAAUAAGAUGUAGCCGGGCGCUAUUAGCUAGGUAAUAGCUCACUGAUAUUUGACGAACAUUGACACGGGCCGCAAGGGUUCAAGCGUUUUCCACUCUACCCGAUUUCUCAAUAGUUAGCGACCCGGGUUGAGGUACGGUGAAAAGGAGGAUGGUAUGAUCCAAGGCUUCAUACAAACUGUGGGCGUUCAACGGGUUUUCCUCAGGGCAAAUUGUGCAGCCGACCACGGGGAUUCUGUGCCCAAAUGAACAAUUGAAGCAGGGCUCUAUUGUAAUUUUUUUCAAAAAACUAAGUGCUUCGAAGCGACUUGGAAGUUCGUCAAUGAACCCCCACCCCUGUCUUCAGGGGUUGAGCAUGCGACGAGCGGGAAAGGCGAUCUUAUUUGUUUGCUCUGCUCUGGUCCUUACAUGGCAGAAAAUAUCACCGGCAGGGAGAUAUUGUGAACAUAUUCCUUAAGCCAAUAAUAACCUAGUUGUGUUCCUUCAAUUGGGUCCAUUGAGAG